AUGCCUAUUUCCAACAACUCUCUCAAAUUUGUUAUGGACAAGUACUGUGAAAUGGUCAGUCACAACGGUUCUGCAGACCAAACCCAGUUUUCUGGAGUUGCUUUCAACCCCUUGUGCAAUUUCAACCAAGAGAUUGUUGACAAAAUGCAUGGAGAAGUUUUACUUCGAUCUGUGACAGAUGUCUUUGUCAACCAUGCCAAUAUGGAAUGGACCCGUGCCUUGGCCGGAAACCCAGCAGUCACAAACCUCCUCAGUCUCAAAAGUUUUCUGCCAACCAAAGUCAACGAGGCUACAACCAAGACAAUUGUUGCACAGAAGCCGAAGACGAAUCUGCUGGAGAAGGUCGACUCUGAUUCUGUUCCCACUGCAGAAAGCAUAGGUCAAGGUUCGUACCGAAAACUGCUCAGAGAGAAGAUCCAGACCGAUUUUGAUGCUGCCACGGUGGAGACUGAUGAGUUCACACUGCAAAAACAGAUCAAUUUCGCAUAUGUAAAGUAUACCUAA